AUGUGGGAAGAAGAUAGUGACAAUAAUAUAUCAGAUAACGCCCUUACUCUGAAUCUUCAGGCAUAUGGUGCAGAUGGAUCUGCUUGUAGCUCGUCGGAGGAAUUGUGUAUUGAUACUGGUACUGAGGACGGUUCACCUAAGCAAAGAAAUAGAAAACGGAAGAGAUCUGAGGAAGACGUUGAGGAUGGAGAUGACGAAGAUGAUACAGACCAGACGGAAGAGGUUGACAUGCCAGACGUUGUUCACCAGAUGGAAGCAGAAAUCGAGAGGCAAUUGGAUUCAAAAGCUAAGAAAUCUAACCUCACUGUAGCUAACGUGAAGAACAUCCUCAAAGAUGUUAUUACUAACGAGCAUGUUUUAGAUUUAGUUCGACAUACGAUGAAGCAACCUGAAAAGAAUUUUUGUAUCAGUAAGGUGUUUUCUUAUGCUCCAAAACUCACUAGAGCAAAAACCAGAGAGCUUCUGAAUACAUUCCCUUCCAUGGCAUGGCCGAUGACUCCAAGUAAAAAUAUAAGUAACUCCAAAUGUAAGGUGUUGAUAGAACAAGAAUUACCUGAAGACUCAAGUGGGGAAGAGUAUCAGCCAGAUGAAGAUGAGGAUGAGAAACAUAAACAAGAUAGUAGUUUUUGUGUUGAUCAAGAUGAAGAUGAUGAAGAUGAACAAGCAGAGUCAGAUGAAGCAGAUGCUCAAGGAGAUGAAGAUGAUGACGAGGAGGAGGAUGAAAUUGAAGAAGAACAGGAUUCUGAUAAAAAUGAUGGAAAUAAAAUACAAUUAAAUGUGAAACCUAUUAAUGUAUGUCCUGGAGGUGAAGAUGAUGAUGACAUUGAUGAUGAUGAGGGUAGGUUAGUAAUUUGUGAUAAUGACAAUGAUGUUAAAGAAACACCUGUGACUGGUGACCUUGCAGCAAGAAAUGCUCAUGUGUGUAAACAUAAACUCUCCAAAAAAGCAGUUAUUAAUAACACUGCUACUCAAACAUCCUGGCCAGAAGUUAAUGGAAGAAAACCUCAGUAUCGACUGGUAAAUUCAACUGACUCUCUACCUGAAAAGAUACCCAUCAUCUCUGAAGAAAAUAUUUGUCAGAGAACACGGUCUAAAUUGUCUCUAAGCGACACUCCUUUAGAAACAAUUGAAAGUGCUUUUAUACCUCCUGACAUCACUACAGAUAUGUAUGAUUCAGAAUGUGAUGAUGAAGAUUGGAAGAAUUUCUUAAAAGGUUUCACAGAACCUUUGAAACCAGAUACACAAGAUGCUCCAGAUGAUGAUGAAAAUGAUCCAGAGUACAAUAUAAUGGCUGAUGAAGAAGAAACAGAUGACAAGGAAGAGCUUAGAGAAGAUCCUGGAGUAAAAGUGUCUCGUAAAGAAGUAAAUGCCCUAAUGGCUGAAUUGUUUGAAUAUAUUGGGAUGCUUUCAGAUGAAAAUGAGGGGAUUGAUAAUAUCCAAAAAAAUAACGAAGGGGCACUCAGAGGAGCAUUUGAGCAAAGGAAUGAAGAAGAGUUAAAAGAUAUUGCUGAACAUAUAGCUGGAGCCCUAGAACAACAUACAAAAGAAAGUGUACCAGUAGAGACAUUGCAGUCUAAUGAACGAGUGUCCACUCCUGUUGACUUGUACCCAUCUCCUGAAUCUAUAUCAAAUGAAAAAGAAACUACAUUAGGGGAUAUAGAAGCACGUUCUCCAGCCAUUGAUAGUUCUUUCACUGAAGUAGAGGUCGAACCAUGGGUAAUGCCACAUGAGAAAAGAUUGCUUCUAGAACAGCAAAUGCGCAUGUAUGUUCAGUUUCAAACUCAGCAUUUCCUUCUAACGUAUUUGCACCCUUUAUAUCAUGUUUACUCCAUGGACUGCAAACAGAACUUGUUAGUAUUAAAACAUCAUGCAAAGUACAAUAAAAGUUCUACUUUUUAUCCUGUAAACUUGGAUGAGGCUCUUCUACUUGUCGAAAAAUGGGAGCAUUUACUAUCAUCUGAAGAUGCAAAAAGAAGGUACAUGGACUUCAUUGAUCAAGAAAUUGAAAUGCAAAACAUGAUGAAGAGAAGAAAACAAUUUUAUCGUGGGGAAUUUCCCCCUGGUUUUUUUGAAAUUGUAUGCAAUAGUAAUGUGUUUAUAUAUCCUGCACUACUACCCACUAAUCCGUUCCGUUGUGAUGGGCAUACAACUUCUCCUUUCUUUAAAUCUGAAGAUUAUUUAAUAGCUUUGGGGUUGGAACAUUUCAUGAACUAUGCAAAAAAUAAUCCUAAAGUUUUGGGUAAAGUGUCUGUGCCAAAGAUAGUUCCUAUGAUUGUUGAACACUUUUUACCUGCAAGACGUACUAGUAGUGUAUAUACCAGGAUAUUGGAAUGUACAAAUUCAGGAAAUAAUCCUAUCAGACAUUUUUUUCAGAAUAAUUGUGCUCCCAAAACAACACAUUAUGUAUUAGCUAGUAAUGGCAGAUGGUUACCACCAUGUCAACAACCUCUUCAAUUACUUCCUGAGGCAUGGAGGGAUUAUAUAAUUCCUAAAUAUCAUUCCAGUGUCAGUGGAAAUAUGUAA